AUGGCCACCGUCAUGCCUCUCCGUCCCGAUGCCCUGCUGGGCCUCCACGUUGCCCUCACCAUGGCCGAUUUGAAGGAGUCGUCGCACAUUCGGUUCGUCCCUCACGAGUACCGCGAGGGACGACCGACGGCCCCGGCGACGGAGGACGAUGCUCAUUUUUUGGACGAGUUGGCCCAAUAUCUUCGAGUGCACAGCCUAACGACUCUCCUCGACGUUCAGGUUCCCCACAAAGGGCCAUCAGGAGAGUUUGUUGAAUUCGUCUUUGGCGGCUGUGGCACCGUCCUGCAGCGCGCAUCGAAAGCGAAUCAUGAGCCUGCCUAUCGAACCACGGGUUGGACCGCGGGGCGCAACGACGGAUCUGCCGACGCAGCGGCCAAGCCCGACGACAAACACGGCUCCACGAUCAGGGGUACCCAUCGAGUCUUUAAAGAUGGCAGGAUGCCCCGCGACGAGGAAAACUAG